AUGGAUGAGAACCCGGCCAGGGCGUUAAUAAAAGAGGCCGGAAUCUCCCUCCAAUGCUGGACCAACCGUCAAGCACGGAUCGUUGCACAAGAUCUCUCAUUAAGCAUGCCGUGGAACUUCUCACUAUAUGACUAUGUCCGCUCAACGUCCGAGUCAUUCACCACCCAACAAGGAGCAAGCUCGGCCCGCGGCCGGACCCGGCCCCAGACCGGUGGGACGAAACAAGAACUCGAAGAUGUCCGGCCGGAUCCUUUCUGCCUGCGACGCAUGCCCCCCGGUGGUCGGCUCGGCCGGCCCAAAGGCAGCAAGAACAAGCGGACGUUGAUGCAGCAAAUUCUGAACCUGAAUAAAGAGCAGCCGUCCGAGACACAGAGGGACACGAAUAGAAGCACUGCGGAUGUCAUGCAGUGGAUUGGAUCCGGACAGCAUCAACGACAGCAACGGCAACAGCAGCUGCCGCCGCCUGAACCCGACUUGAUCUCGUUCGAGUUCGAUAUGGAACAUGCAUUCGACACCACGAUUGCUUUUGGGGAAGGCGAGAGUCCUGCAGGGGAUGGCAGCCGUGACCUCAUGCUCGAUAUGGGUCAGGACUUGAGUGCAGACGACGACUCGGGAUUGAGCCAUCAGGCUUGCUUGGCCCAGGUAUUAGCAGCCAAUUCACCCAACUCUCACUCGGUUUUGGCGACUGACCCUUUUGCUUUUCUUUCCCCUUUCCUUGCUCAGACUUCCCGUGCGCUUGUGAGUGGACAACAACUGCCCGUGAGCGAUUCUGGGCCAGGACAGUUCCGCGCUUUCCCAUCGGAUGGAUCGACCGACCCGUUCGGCACCAUCUUCCCCAGCAGCAACCCGGCUCCAUCGGGUUACUCUCGUGCAUCGCCACCAAUCUCACCGGUGUCCCCGCCAUCGGCCGCGUCAAAUCUGCCUUCGAAUGUACGCUCAGGUUGCUUGUGCCUGCAGCGGCUGGUUCGACUGCUUUAUCAUCUGGAGGAGCUGCGCUUUCCCCAAGGCCACGGUCACGGUCAUGCAGCGCGCGCUCACCAAGCCGCAGGUCCCUCCGCGGACUCGGUUCUGCGAGGGGUCCAGGCCGCCAAGAUGCCGUGGCAAGGCUUCAUCCACUGCAGCGUCCACGGUGAUGACGACGGCCACAGAGAGGCGCUCCUCUUGUUCGCCAUGAGCAUUCGGAUCCUCUUGCUGGCGGUCCAAAAGCUCAACAGCACCAUCCGCCUUAGCCAGACCGAGUUGUCCUCCGACAUCGCCGUCUCGGUGGGCGACUUCGAGCUGAUGGGUGAGGCGAAAGCGGAGAUCAUCGGCGUGGUCAUCCGGCGGGCACUGUGGGCCAUCACCAUUGCGCUGCAGCAUCUCUGGGAGCGCGCGGGGCAGCCGACGGCGCAAACGGGCAGCGAACUCGGCAGCAGCAGCCCCCCUGAGCGAUCAAGUCCCAUCAGCAUUCUAACCGGGUCAUCCUGCAAAGACCCUCCUCAAGUGAGGCCGCGUGCGUUCAGUGCCCCAGCGUCGACGACCAGUUUUGGGGCUGAGGACGAGAGCGUCGUGUCGCUUCUUGCUACGCUGCAGUGCACAAUGAAGACCUUGGAGCAAGAGACACAGGCGUCGGGGGCUGGGUCUGAACCAAAGCCAUCUCCAAUCUAG